UCUGCCUUGUUCCGUGAGUCUCACAAACAUGGCGGAAAGCGAAUUGAACAUUGACAGUCUCAUAUCUCGACUACUGGAAGUGCGAGGAUGUCGUCCAGGGAAGGUUGUACAGAUGACAGAGGCUGAGGUGAGGGGGCUCUGCAUCAAGUCCAGAGAGAUUUUCCUCAGUCAGCCGAUCCUGCUAGAACUGGAGGCUCCACUCAAAAUCUGCGGUGAUAUCCAUGGCCAGUACACAGACUUGCUGAGGCUAUUUGAGUACGGCAGUUUCCCACCUGAGGCCAACUAUCUGUUCUUGGGAGAUUAUGUGGACAGGGGGAAGCAGUCGCUGGAGACCAUCUGCCUUCUGCUCGCCUACAAGAUCAAAUACCCAGAAAACUUUUUCUUGCUGAGGGGGAACCACGAGUGUGCCUCCAUCAACCGCAUCUACGGCUUCUAUGAUGAGUGCAAGCGCAGGUUCAACAUAAAGCUCUGGAAGACCUUCACAGACUGUUUUAACUGUCUGCCCAUUGCUGCGAUUAUCGAUGAAAAGAUUUUCUGCUGCCAUGGAGGGCUCUCACCUGAUCUACAGUCCAUGGAACAAAUUCGGCGCAUUAUGAGACCCACUGAUGUCCCAGACACAGGGUUGCUGUGUGACCUGCUGUGGUCCGACCCAGACAAAGACGUCCAGGGCUGGGGGGAGAACGAUCGAGGAGUUUCCUUCACCUUUGGGGCCGAUGUUGUCAGCAAGUUUCUCAACCGCCACGACCUGGACCUUAUCUGCCGAGCACACCAAGUUGUUGAAGACGGUUAUGAGUUCUUUGCCAAGCGACAGCUGGUCACGCUGUUCUCUGCCCCCAACUACUGCGGGGAGUUUGACAAUGCAGGAGGCAUGAUGAGUGUUGACGAGUCCCUUAUGUGCUCCUUUCAGAUCCUGAAGCCGUCAGAAAAAAAAGCAAAAUACCAGUACGGCGGGGUGAAUGCAGGACGUCCUGUCACCCCGCCUCGCACCGCGCAGGUCCCAAAAAAGAGGUGAGCGGCUGGCUCUGACUCUCCUGCUCUUCUCCCGGUUGAUCACUGGCCCAACGUCCCUGCAGGCUGCCUCAAACAAAGAGAAAAAAAAAAACUCCAGGAGUGUCUUUUGCUUGUUCUGUGGGUAUUUUUAUGAACUUGUGGUUUUUUUCGAUUUCUUAUUUGAUGCCAUGGUCUGCAUUAACUUCCUGCUUCUCACUCCAUUCAGCAAUAUUUAAACCAAACUCUUGUGGAAUGGGCACGAUGUUAAGAAAAGAUGCUUCUCUUCCGCCACAUUAACAAUUUCCAUUGUGAUUUUGUGAAUGCAUGCACGCUUGUGAGAGUGAGAUGGCUUCUUUGCUCUCGUCAAUGUAAAAUCCAUAAAUGAUCGCAGACAACGGGGCGAUUGUUUCUCGUCCUACUGCCGUUGCACAUUUCUGUGUUGGAUAAAGUGCUACACUGCUUGAUGGAAUAGUUUUACAUUUUGGGAAAUAUGCUUAUAUGCUUUCUUAAAAAGAGUUUGAUAAGGAAGUCUACACCACUCUGCAUUCUGUUAAAUAGGAACCUAACAGCUGGCUAAUGUAGCGCUAAGACUGGAAACUGGGAAAUGGUUAUUCUGGCUCCGUUAACUUCAACAUCAUCCACCGACCAGCAACAGUGUUUGUUUCAUCUGUUUCUUUUGUAUGGAGUAAACAAACUUGAAGAACAAAUGUGACUCAUUGAUCUUCUCCUCUACAUUAACUCACGACAAGAAUGCUAUUGAACAUAUUUUCCAAAGUACAUUUUUCUUGAAGAAUUGCAAGUGAGGGAUUGCUCUGGCUUUCCCUUCGGCUUAUGAAUGUUUUAUCCUCAAAGAGAUAUCGUUAAUACCCGGAUAUUUUGAUGAUGCAAGAAAAAUAUUUCAAACAUCUUGCAAUCAAUCAAUUUGCAAGUGUAAUUGUGGGGAAGUCUUGAACGCAUCUGUGUUUGAAAAGGUCAAAUCCAUCUAUGCUGUUCCUUUCACGAGGACGUUCAUAGUCAGUCGAUGCUCAAAAAUUAAAUCAGUGAUGACUAAACUUAUUUUCUGUGGGAACCAAACAUCAGUGAAAUGAGAGACUGAUGAAAACUACGGCAGAAACGGCGGUAAAGUACGGGAUUUAAAAGGUGUCGGUACGUUCAUGUUAACGGCAGCAGAUGUUGACCGCUCACUGAACAUUGUUGCGCUUCCAGUUCGGCCUGUGACCUUAACUUCUAAUGUUGGAUGAUGCAGUUUCCCAGAAAUAAUUGAUUUAUUAUAUUCAUAUUAAUGUAUUGAUAUUUUAAGAUACUUUGAUGCCAUUUAUAUAAGGAUAAUUUAAUAGCAUAAUGUGUUUAUUCAAAUAGCAAAACUUAAUUCACACAAUGUGCAAGUCUUGUAUUUGUGAAAACCCCGUGUUUAUUGUUUGUUCUGGCAUCAUGUUGGCUAAAAUGUUGAUCACAUUCUUAUGUAAACAUGCAUGUAAACUUAACGGGGAGUAUCGGUCAGCAAAAAUAAAUGUCAUGUCAAUUUAUCUUGAUGUAAAACUUGAGGUUAUUGUCCAUAUAUUGUAUAACUCAUUAACAUAAUUAUCGCAACCGGCCGUGUUAAAAAUCAAGGCAAGACGAUGGUUUGAUUAUUGUUGGCUAGUCACAUAGGUUAUAUAUUUCCAACUCCUUAAAACUGAACCAACGUAUUUUUUAUUUAUUUAAACCUUGCCUUUUGCUUUGUAAAUGUAGUAUAAGUUAAACAGUAUGUUUAGACGUUGAGAUUUGUACAAGUUUGUUUGAAAUAAAGGUUUUGAGCCUG